AUGUCUUUCUUGGACUGCUCCUGCAUCUCCCACACUCAAGUCCAGCCCAUGGACCUAGAGGAGUGCUAUGAGGACACCAGUCAGCAUCUGUUGGGAUCCAGGAGCACCCCUCAACACCCAACAGUGAGAUGUGAUGAUAACAUCGCAGCACUAUCAGCAGAGCCAUCUCAUUACCAGUUCCUCAUUGAACUGGGCUGGGGCUUUAACCACCUGAGCCAGGUACACAUGGCGCGGCAUACUCCAACUGGGCAGCUGGUGGCAAUAAAACAAACAAACCUGGACGAAUGCUCAGAGGAGGAGCUGCUACAACUCCUGAAUGAAGUUUUCCUGUCCAGACGGGUCCGUCACCCUAACCUGCUGACCUUCCGACUUGUCUUUAGCUCUUGCUGCCAGCUGUGGGUCCUCACGCCACUCAUGGCAUACGGUUCUGCGCACUUCCUAAUGAGAACAUAUUUUCCCGAUGGAAUGAGUGAGUCCCUAAUAGCGUACCUGCUAUAUGGUGUGUUGCAAGCGUUGGAGUACCUUCACCGCAUGGGCUACGUUCACAGGGGUGUGAAGGCCAGUCACAUCCUGCUGUCAGAAGAGGGGCACGUCUAUCUGUCGGGGCUCCACUGUGUUUACAGCAUGAUGCGUGAAGGGAAGAGAAUGAGGGCGGUGUUCGACAUGCCCAACCAUAGUCCAGCCUUGUUGCCUUGGCUCAGUCCUGAACUACUGCAACAGGAUCUCCGUGGUUAUGGAGAAAAGUCUGAUAUCUACAGUUUGGGCAUUGUUGCCUGUGAGUUGGUGAGUGGCAAGGUGCCUUUCCAGGACAUGGCACCCACUCAGACACUGCUGCUGAAACUACGCGGUUUGCACCGCUGCCUACCAGACACCGCACUCUUCCCGCUCGGUGAACUGGGGGGGCUGAAGGUGUCCCGCUCCGGGGUGGACUCCGGGAUGGGGGAAAGCGCGGCCACUGGAAGCGCCACUCACAGCACUGCCGCCCCUCUGACCGCCGCGGAAGGACCUCAGAGUCCUGGACCGAAGAACCACUCGGCCACUUUGCACAAUUUGGUGCAACUGUGUCUGCAGCAGCAGCCUGAGCACAGACCGUCAGCCUCCAUCCUCCUGACGCACGCCUUCUUCAAACAGGUGAAGAGGCACACCAGAGACUCCUUUCUCAGCCUUGUUUACCCAGCGGUGCCAAUCACCAGCCCAGAAGUGCCGCUAUUAUCCUGCCCCCCCUCCCCUUCCUGCCAUGCUCAAACAACAACCACUGGGGUUUCUGCGGAGGCGUCAUGGGAUUUCUCUUAA